AUGGCUUCUACUUCUUCCACUCCUCCCAAUCAGUGGAAGAAAUGGGAUGUUUUUAUUAGUUUUAGAGGCGACGAUACGCGUUAUGGUAUUCUCUCCCAUCUCUCUAAAGCCCUGAAGGACAAACAAAUCAAGACUUUUACGGACGAAGAGCUUCAUAAAGGGGAAAUGAUAUCACCAGAGCUCUUGAAAAUAAUUCGAGAAUCAAGCAUCUCAAUAGUCAUUUUUUCUGAAAAUUAUGCAGAUUCUCCAUGGUGUUUGGAUGAGCUUGUUGAAAUACUUAAAUGCAAGGAAGAAUCAGGACAAAUAGUUCUACCGCUUUUUACAAGGGAUGAGGCCGAAUUAGUAGAGAAAAUCGUCAAUGAUGUGUUGAAAAAAUUUAGUGAUAUGUCUAAAAGUGAUGAUUCUUAUGAUCCCAAAUUGAUUGGAAUUAAAUUGCGUGUGGAAAAAGUGGAAUGCUUGUUAAAAGAUAAGCAAGUUGUAGGAAUUUUGGGGAUCGGAGGCGUUGGUAAAACAACUAUUGCACUAGAAGUAUUUCGUCGAAACAAAAAUCAAUUUAAUGGUCAUUACUUUGUUGAAAAUGUCAGGGAAACAAUGAUAAAGAAAUCAUCAAAAUCAGCACGAAAAAAAAUAAUUUGUGAAUUAUUAAGGGACAAACAUAUAGAUGAUUUGAAUGAUCAUGUUUGCAAAAGGCUCAAGAGUAUGAAGGUAUUGAUUGUUUUUGAUGAUAUAGAGCAUCGAAACCAUUUAAAAGAUUUAGCAGGAGAGUGUCAUUUGUAUGGUGAGGGAAGUAGAAUCAUCAUAACUAGUAGAAAUUCACUUGGUUUAUCAAAAGAAGGCAUAUAUGAGGUUGAGGAGUUAAUUGAUUCUCAAGCUCUGGAACUCUUUAGCUUACAUGCCUUCGAGCAAAAUCGUCCCAAGGAAGAAUAUAAGGAGCUAUCAAAGAAGGCGACAAUCUAUGUUGGAGGCCAUCCACUAGCUCUUAAAGUUUUGGGAUCUCAUUUAUUUCGUAGGACGAUAGAAGAAUGGGAAAGCGAAUUGGAAAAAUUGAAAGGCAAAUCUCUUAAAAAAAUUGAAGAUGUUUUGAAAAGAAGUUAUGAUGGGCUAGAAAAGAAUGAACAGGAAAUAUUUCUUGAUAUUGCAUGUUUCUUCAAAGGGGAAGAUAAAGAUGAGGUUGAGAGAAAAUUAAAAGCAUUUGGUUUCUAUCCAGAAAGUGGAAUACCUCGUCUAAUUGAGAAGUAUCUGAUAACUAUUUCAAACAAUAGGGUAGAUAUGCAUGACUUGCUAGAGCAAAUGGGCAAGGAAAUUGUUAAUGAGGAAUGCAAACAGCCUGGCGGAUGCAGCAGGUUGUGGAAUUAUGAAGAUAUUGAUCAUGUAUUGACAACAGAGACGGGAACCGAAAAUGUUGAGGCCAUAUCGUUUCGUCCGGGUGGGAGAGGUAUUUUGAAGCUAAGUGCCACGGCCUUUACGAAGAUGUGCAAUCUUAGAUUCAUCCAAUUAUAUGCAAUGCCGAACAAAGUGCUCCUUCCUAAGAACUUUGAAUUUUGUGCACAAGCACUAAGAUGUCUUUACUGGGAUUAUUAUCCUCUGGAAUCUUUGCCGUUAAAUUUUUGGCCAAAGAAUCUUGUAGAACUUCACAUGCGUUCUAGCAAACUCAUACAACUGUGGAAUGGAGGAGAUAAGCCUCUUGGAAGUUUGAAAUUGAUGGACCUUAGCGGCUCUUGGUACCUGAUCAGGAUUCCGAACCUGUCUAGUAUUGCCCCAAAUCUCGAGUUUUUAUAUUUAAAUAGCUGUGAGAGUUUGGUUGAAAUGCCCUCUCUUCAAAAUCUAAGUAAUCUUGUAGAACUUCGUAUGCGUGGGAGCAAACUCAUACAACUGUGGAAUGGAGGAGAUAAGCCUCUUGGAAGUUUGAAAUUAAUGGACCUCAGCUGCUCUUAUCGCCGGAUCAGGAUUCCGAACCUGUCUAGUAUUGCCCCAAAUCUCGAGUUUUUAUAUUUGAAGGGAUGUUCGAGUUUGGUUGAAACUCCCUCUCUUCAAAAUCUGAGCAAGCUUACUGAACUUCAUCUAAGUGAUUGCUACAAAAUCAAAGAUUUUCCAGAGAUUCCGUGUAAUAUAAGGAUUCUAAAAUUAGGAGGAAUUGGAAUAGAACAACUGCCCUCAUCAAUUAAGCAUCUGUCUCAACUUGUCAUAUUGUCCUUGGAUCGGUGUACAGCACUCGAGAGUCUUCCAAGCAGCAUUGGCAAUUUGAAAAGUCUUGAAGAACUUCAUCUAUCUGAAUGUUCAAGACUCGUGACUAUUCCAAGCAGCAUAGGCGAGUUGAAAUGUCUUGAAAAGUUAUUUCUCUGGAUGUGCUCAAAUUUAGCAAGUCUUCCAGAAAGCAUCAAACAACUUUCGAAGUUGAAACUGCUUGAUUUAAGCGGUUGCGAGAGACUUAAAAGUUUACCAGAGCUUCCGUCAUGCUUAAAAUUAUUAAAUGCAACUGAUUGCCGCUCUCUGGAAUCUGCAUCAAUUUCUUUCAAUUUCUUAGAACAUGAUGAUGAAAAUGAAGAAGCAGAUAGAAGUGAACAUGAAAAUGAAGAAGCACAUAAAAGUGAAUCUGAAGAUUGCAAAUUUCUUAAAUUUAGUGAUUGCGUCAAAUUGAAUAAGAAAGUAAUGGAGGAUGUUUUUGAAGCGCACCUGUUGGGUCAGAAAGUUACAUUAUUGAUGGCAGGAGGUGAAGUGCCAGAAUGGAUGAGGUAUAAGAAUAAAGGAUCCUCGCUUUCCUUCAAACUUGACCUUCGUCACGUAAUUGCCUUCUCUUUCUGCGUUGUUCUUAGUCCCUAUGGUUUAAUCGAUUUUCAUGGAUUUGAAGUGGAUUUCAUAUGUGAAUCUGCAAAUAGGCGGGAACGUAAUGCGUUCAACUUAUUUAGCGAUAAGGUCGUUGCGAAUUGGAAUGGUUAUCCGUAUCUUUACGACUUAUCACAGGUGUUGCUUUCAUUCAAAGGAUUGAGGACACGUUUUGAUGAAGAGUGUUUAGUUAAGGCCUCAUUUUGCUUCAACGCUGGCGGUUUCGCGGAACCGCAGGAAAUUAUGGAGUGUGGGCUCUAUCAUCUGCCGUUCUAUUGUCAUUUGAGAGAGGGAAGACUAUACAGGAGAAUGAUUAAGCUCAAAUCAGGGGAAAAACAACAGGUGAAAUGA